ACAGCUGCAGCUUGUCAAUCAACGGAGGUCAGGUGACCUGACUCACGCCACAACAACGCCGCAGACCGGAAAAACGCUGGCGACCUUCUGGUUCUGGUUCUGGUCGAACAAGGAUGGGGGUCAGCGGCAAUGUGGUUGCGCUGUGCAGCUACGAGACGACCAAGCUGGUCCGCAUCCAUAGCGUCCGGCUGGGCUCGCUCAAGUGGACCCUGAAUGCAACGGUGCUGCUAUUCAUAUGCGUGUUGAUGUUGUGGAACCGGAAGUACCAACAGUUUGAUCAGGUAGUCAGUUCCGUGACCGCCAAGGUGAAGGGCGUGGCCCGCAUGCAGCUGCCCGGCGAGGAAGCCGUCAUCUGGGAUGAGGCGGACUACAGCGGACCCUCACAGGACAAGAACUCUUUCUUUGUGGUCACCAACGUCAUCGUGACCAAGAACCAGAAGCAAGGACGAUGCCCUGAGACUCCCUCUAGUGGCCGUCGAUGUCGGCAUCACAACGACUGCAAGCGAGGCGCCUGGGAGCCGCACAGCCACGGGAUACAGACGGGGUCAUGUGUGAAAUUUGACGCGUUGGCCAGAACGUGUGAGGUGGCAGCCUGGUGUCCCGUCGAAGCCAAGCACAAACCGCCAAGGUUCACGCCUGCUUUGCUGGCGUCCGCUGAGAAGUUUACUGUGCUCAUCAAGAACAACAUCCAUUUUCCCGCCUUCAACUUCAUAAGGAGGAACAUCUUACCCGAGAUGACCGAGUCCUACCUGACCAGAUGUCAACGUGGUAACGAUUCUCUGUGUCCAGUCUUCACGCUGGGAGAUGUCGUCCACCAGGCUGGGGGGAACUUCUCAACCAUGGCUGUGGAGGGGGGCGUGAUAGGCAUCCAAAUCAAGUGGGACUGCAACCUGGACCAUCUGACCAGACGCUGCCUCCCCGCCUACUCCUUCAGACGCUUGGACCAGAAGGAGAGCAACAAGACCCUCUCCCCUGGAUUCAACUUUAGGUUUGCCAAGUACAAGACAGUGGAGGAGAGGACUCUCUACAAAGCUUUCGGCAUCCGCUUUGACAUCAUGGUCUUUGGACAGGCUGGAAAGUUCAGCUUUAUUCAGCUCGUCGUCUACAUCGGAUCAACAUUGUCCUACUACGCUCUGACGACCGUUCUAAUGGACUGGCUGAUCGGUACUACCUGCUAUGCGGCCGAGGAGGGCCAGAACUACUCUGAGAGGAAAGUGGAGUCCAUCCCGGACAAAAAAGAGUGCAUCCUGUGUGUGUCAUACGUGGACGAGGAAAACAUCCGUCUGGUUAAGAUGUCUCGCAAGAAACGCUUACAGGAUGUCAAAACCAUUUGCGUUCAGACACGAAAGGAGGAUAUAGGACACAUGAUGGCCACGCUCUGUCUCCUUCCUGACCCUCAGCCCUCCCCCACCAAACCCCAGCGCCGUCCUCCAAGUUGGUGCAAAUGUGGCGGCUGCAGUGGCUCGCCCCUCCCACAGGAGGAGCUGUGCUGCCGGCGCAGCGACGAGGGCGCCUGCGUGGCCACAUCGGCGCUCUUCGACAAGCUCUCACUGCAACGCCCACUCCUGGAGGCGCUGCUCGUUUACCAGGAACCCCUCGCUCAAACGCCACCCAGUGCAGCUGCCUUACGUCGCUGCGCCUACCGCCAGUACAUUGUCUGGAGGUUGGGCGUCCCGCCGGCCGACGCCCGCCCCGCCAUUCCCCGCUGCUGCGUGAUGAGGAUCAGGGAGGCAUUCCCCAGUCCGGACGGACGAUACGGCGGAUUUGCGCUGGCUAACGAAGCGGAGAUGUGACCGAGGAAAACAUUCUGUCAACAGAGCUUUAUUACAGCAGCCAAACGGCACAUUUAUAUGGAUCGUGUUAAUAUUUUGUAUGUUUGUAACAAUACUCCAGAUGUCAACAUGGGACAAACAUUUUGAUUUGAAACUGUAAUUGAUCAGCUUCCCCAGAUAUAAUAGAAGCAUAAAGGUUAAACAAAACUAAUCAAAAUCAAUCAAAAAGUUACUGUCUUGUCCAUAUUGUUUUGGCUUUUUCCAUACCAUCAAGGGAGGUGGAGUCAGAAGAGAUCCCAAGGGCUCAGGUGGACAAGGAUGGGCGUGGACAACCUCUGUGGUGGGUAGCAGGCUGCCAUCCACGUACAUGCCACCUGUGGGGACACAAUGGUGUCAUCUAGUACCGGAGUGUGCCAUCCUGGCAUAUCAUGCUACAUGCUGGUGUAUCGUGGAACGCUAUUUUCUAUCAAGGUGUUACCACAGCGACCAAUCUCGCUUGAACGACAUAGUAGGACUCGAUUAAAUGGACAAAAUCUUUUUAUUUACAGUAUUUAAGUCAGAAUAGCUUGUCAAACCAGGACAGUGUUAAAUGUGGAAAAAAAAAACAACAACUGAUGACUGUCAUUAUGUGCUGCUGAUGCUAUGCCCUUCGUACUCUGCUACUUCAGCUUAAUAUGAAUCAAUCAAAUAAUGUGAUGAAAUGAGAAACACAAAAAAAGGAUACGGAUGAUUGGGAAUAUGUAUGUGUUUUAACGUACCAUAGUUUGGGAGGGUGCCUCUGAAGCCAAAUGGAGUGCCAAAACCUGUAAGACAAUGA